AUGGAAUUAGAGGAAAAGAGAGAAGAGAGUUGCAACGUAAAUGAAAAAGAGAAGGGGAAGAGGGGGCUGACCACACCACUAGCGCAGGAGAGAACCGAGGGGAGAGAGAGAGUGACUCGUCUGAGGAAGAGAGAGUCGGAGGGAGCUGCUGCACCGUCGCGAGGGAGAGGAGGCGCCGCUGCUGCUGCCGCCUCGCCCGAGGAAGAGACGCCGCCGCUGAGUCAAGACGUCGCCGCCGAAGCCUCGCCGCCAAGUCGCCGCGCAGUCACACCAAGGGAGAACGCUCGCGGGAAGAGAGAGCAGACGCCGUCGAGGAUCCCGUCGCCGUCAAAUCUGCCUCGUCACCGCCGUGUUUCCAUCAGCACCGUGUAUCUGUUUCAUCGCCGAGCUGAGCUAUGGGAGGAAGGGUCAGAACGUGACGGGAAAGGGAGACACCUUCCACCGCUGUCCCGCCGUCAGAUCCAUGUCACCGCCACGAACCGCCACUGUUCUGGCUGUCGGAAGCCGCCGCCGAGCCUUUGCCUUCUUGGAUUGAAUUCCGACGAUUUUAUAUCAAAGUUAAGGUUACAGUUGGACCAUCGGAGUUUCUGGCCGCUGUCGGAGAUGCCUCCGGGUCAGCUCGGGAUUGCGGCUGUUCCAUUUUGCUCUUACUGUAGGAUUGAGUUAUUGGGAUUGCCUGUUGCAAUUAAAGCCGUUUCUGCUAUUGCGGAAGUGAGCAGACCUGCGAUUGAAGCUGCAGUUGAUUUCGGGCGGAGAGGAAUGGUUCUUGUGACGCCUUUAGUUUAUGGGUUCAACUUUCGAGGUUGAAAACUCGAUACUCUGUUGACCCUACGACGUAAGUGUGACCGGGC